UAAACUAAAUUUUAACCCACUCAACCCAACCCAACCCAACCCGUGCAACCCUAGUUGAAUAUAGUGAUGUCGGGUGAAAUUGUGAGUACAAAUAUAAUCAAAGCUUUACAAACUUUUCCUUUCGAAAAAAAAAAACCCUUUGGAACUUUGGCGCGUCUCAGCGUGAUCACUCAGGUCAGAGAGAAAUGGCGUCCAAUGAUGAAUGUAUAGCUAUCAAUCCCUAUGCCGUCCCCAAGAAAAGGAAGAAGAUUAUUGGGUUGGAUGAACUUGUGUCUGAUUUUUAUAAGGAGCAAAGCAAAAAUGUAGAGAAGGAAUCUAAACGAGCAAUGGCACCAAAAAAGAAAUUUUUUCGUGAAGAACAAGAUAUGAAAGAAGCUUCUUUGUCUAAACUUGUUGAUGAGUGCCACACACAGAUGAUAGAACUGAGCGGUGAAGAGGAGACUUCAGAAUGGGGCAUUCAGCUUUUUCGAGACCAGAAAUCGCCACCUAGUCUGUGUCCAGUGGAAGAUUGUGGUCUUUUGAAGUCUUUCAUGAAUAGUGAACUCAAUUCUCUGGUUGAACUUUCUUUGGAGAAUGGAGACUCUUUUAUUGAAGGAUUGCUUGUGGGUGGCUGGCUUACGAAAUUAGUGCUCACAUAUGGUGGUCAUGUAGAAGAUUCAAUAGCUGUGUGGACGUAUAAUUUGGUAUUAUAUUCAACAAAAGAGAAUUUGAGAACAUCCGCAUGUGAUUUCUGGUCUGCUAUUCUUUCAUUGAAAAAAGAGCCUAUCAAAAUAGAUCGGUUUCCUAGCUAUUCUGAACUAAGAAAAGCUCUUGAAGUCUAUGGAUUUCUCUUGUCUAACAUUGGAGCUGCUGAUGCCAAAUCUAGUUGUGUGGGGCCUUCUCAAAAUAUUAGAUCUUGGAUCAAGUUUGUUACUGCUUCUUGUCAAUUUAGAAGUAAGUGGUCUAUUUUUUCAACAUCAGAAGCUGAAGAGUUAGUUGAAGUCAUCAUUUGUUUCUUUUUAGACCGCCAGCUUCAAGGUCUGUCUGUGCUUUUGUAUGAAUGUGCACAAGCAGUUAUUGGUUACUUCACAGACGAGGAAUGGAAUGCCAGCUGUGAGAAAAUUGCAAAAUCUCUUGCAUGCAGAGUACCAAAAGACAUGAACUGCAUAAGAGUUGUAGAAUGCAUUUCUGGAAUUGACGAUCGCAGUAAGCAGCUUAGAAGUGCAGUUGCUUUUGAAAUUCUUAUUGGUUUCUUUGAUAAUAAGGCUGCCCACCCGGAUGACAUCCUAAGAUUGCUUAUUGGAAUUAAUUUGAAGGACAAAAGGUGUGAUCUAUAUAAGAUGUACAUGUACUUAAUUUUAACUCAAAACUGGCUCUUGUCGAAGAAUCUUUUAGAAGACAAUGGAGUUUUGAAAGAAAUGUACAACUUAUAUCUAAGAAACUGCUCUUGUCAAAUAAGCAGCACCGAUCUGAGGACUUUUGCAUCGAAGGUCCGUGACAAGGCCUCAUUUCUUCUACAAGGAGCCACCAAAAUAUAGUCUACUCCAAUAUUAUUAACAAGGUCUUGAAAUGUGUAUAUUUUUGGUAUUUGGAUCUCUCCCAGGUAGUUAAUCUUUACAAUUUUCUUGUGAAUAUGAUUUAAAUUAAGUAUGUGAUCAUGUUUAGGAAGUGCUUACAGCAAUUUAUUCUGGGUAAUCUGUUCCUGCCGUUAUGGAGUUUUGCUGUUAGAAUCUUCUGUGGAAACAUUGUUUUGACUUUUGAGGCUAGGCAUGACAUUGGGUUAUGGAAACUUUAUCCAAACAGAUGGUAUUAUUAUGAUUGGUAUUUGGGUUUUAGAA